AUGAGUGGUUUGUCGGAUCACCUCCGUUCGGGCAGCUUUGUGCCUCCACUGGGCUGCGGUGGGUCAAGGUUAGACGAGAGAGGCUUUGUGGGGGGCCUUCAGGAGCCUGAGUUGUGGAGCAGGGAUCUGGGGCUGCAGGACCUCUCCGAUAAUGAAGUGGCCUUGUUGAACCCAGAGCACUUCUGCCCCGCCUCUCCCUCUGCCCUAUCCAACGGGCUGCACCGACAGGGCAGACUGGAGCUUGGAGCCUGCAAACAGAGGCAGAUCGACACAGCUGUGGACCACAUCUUAUCACAGACGCUGAUCAACAUGCAGACGCACAUGGAUGUCAGCUCUUUCAUGACUCCUGAUCACGCCAGGCCGUCCUCUCAGGCCCUCUCUCUGACUGUAUGUCCUGGGGAUGGUCCAGGUUUCAACAGUCAACUUUCAGCCCCUGUUCCAAAUGCAGACACCGACUCCACUUCUGGCGCUCAUGAAAACACAGAAUCUUCAUCCGCUCCAGUUGAGGGGGAGAAAAAGUAUGCGCUUCGCAGCUCUGGGCGGCCCCGCUUCCCCUGUCACCUGCGCAAAUCGACUCGUCUGCGACGCUCCUCAGACAACGUGGAAAAGAGAACAGGACAAGAGAGAGAUGCUGAAGGGACUGGGGCAUCAGAGGGGAAAAUGUGGACUGUUAAACAAGAUGAAACACCAGUGGUCGAAAAACAGGAACAGCCCAAAGUGGAGGCUGUAGUUCCCACAGCUCCCUGUACUACAGAUAUUCCUCUGGCUCUUACAGUACCCAAACCUCUCUCUAAACCUGGGCCUAGACUUGGCCCUAGGCCAGGACCAAAAUCUCGAUGUCGGCCUUUAACCAAACCUAUACAUAAAGCUGCCCCCAAGAGUAUUUUGAAACAGCGUCAGGCAGCACAAGCACUGGCCAUGGCCCGGGCUGCCACUCAUGUGCCCUUCAGCUCUCCGUGUCCCAUUCCAAGGAUUUCUUCAAAAGUGGAUGCAGAGGGCAUGCCCCUCAACGGCAGGAGGAGAGGCCGCUUCACUGGUGUGAGAAGGAUAGUUGUCAAGGUGGCUCGUAUUCCUGUCAGCCUGAGCCGCCGCCAGAAAAGCUACAAGAUUUCCAACUUGGAUACAUUUUCAGUCACAGAAAAAAACAGCGAAGGCAGUGUGGAAGGAUCUGAUGUAGUCCGAGAGCCAACAGCCCUCCUCCGCAUGAAGAAUAAUGGGAAGAGUGUAAUGGUUAUGUUUCCACCUGGAGAAAUGCCUGUUAUUCUUAAACGCAGGCGCGGCCGACCCCCUAAACAGCCUCCGCUUGGACUUCCGGGAGACCCUCUGACUAUUUCUGGGGCUACAGACACUGGAAAUACAGAGUCCACAAAAAAGCCACGCAGGCGCCGCCGGACUAAACUACCUUGCCCCUUUCCAUCGUAUGUUAAUGACACUAACGAUGUUAAGAGUGAAUAUGGAGAUGUUCUGUCCAAACUGGCCUUUUUGAACAGACAGCCUCCUACCACAGGCCGCUGCUCUCCCCCUCGCUGCUGGACACCCAGUGAGCCAGAGAGCUUCCAUACACCUAUGGAAAACCCCGGGAUCUCCACUCUUUUGCACAGGCUCACAGGAUGCAGGCGGCCCAGAGGUAGCAGAGGGAUGGGAAGGGGGGGAGGUGUGGGCAGAGGCAAUGGAGUGGCAGGGGGCCUUUGCGGAAUUGAGCAAAAUAAAAGUACUUUCUGUGACUUCUUUGAAUCUAUAGGUAAAAAGCAGAAACUGAGUAUGUCCGAACAUGGACUGCCGAGGAAGAGAGGCAAGGGGGCUCAUGGAAGGGGAGGGGGUUUGGUUGGUACUGAGCCUGGUGAGAAAACAAGAAAGAGGAGAGUUAGAAAAAAUGGUACGUUUAAAGGGGACACUUUUUCAAUGGGACAUGACUGGCUGAAUGGAAUAGAAAGCUGGGGGGAGGAGAUGGGGUUAGACAAAGUAAAGGGUGGAUAUCAGUUCUGUGGACCCUCUCGAGGGGCAUUCUCCUCCUGUGAGUAUGGGCGCGGGACAUACAGUGGUCCCGGAGGGGGCCGAGGAGGUGGACCCAGUGGAGAGGAUCAAAGCCUUUUUGCUGGGUACUUUCGGUCCCUUCUUGAUUCAGAUGAUUCGUCAGACUUAUUGGAUAUCUCUUCUGCACAGUCAGACUCAAACAAAAGUCAGUGUAACCCCAGUUAUGAAGCGUCCCCUGUUAGUAUGAACCAAGGGUUUCCCAAGUGGAGUUCAAAAGGUUCAGGAGAAGAUGGGGCAUCACAUAGUUCCUCAGCCAGACCUUCAUACAGCUAUAUCAAUCCAGCCCAAAUGUCUCCUACCAGAUCUUAUUCCAAAGCCACACCUCCCACUCUGUCCCACUCCCCAAGUUCCCACAACACUUCAACCUAUGGCCACUACUCCUCCGGCCAGUCGUCAUCUUCUCCAGCAGGGCUGUCUCAGAGGUCCCCUGACUGCAGCUUUGCAUAUGGCAAAACCACAGCAGCUGGAUACUCUAACUUCACAGGAGGUCCCAAACGGGGAUUUGGAGGAUAUAAUUCUUCAACAUGCCCUAACUCCCCAGGAGGAGGGUACAUGUCUGUUGCUAAAGGCGGACCCUUCAACGCUUCCUCUGCAGAUAGUUUCAAACAGUACAACCAAUGGAGCUACAGACAAACAUAUGGCUCUUGGGCUGACGGCAGUGGAUCUCAGUAUCACGGGUUCAAUGAAUAUGGCUCAAAUGAGUCCAAGGAUAUCCUGGACAUUUCAAACUACACUCCCCAGAAGGCUAAGCGGCUGCCUUUCCCUGAAAGCCUCUCAGAGUCGUCCUCUGACUCCUCGCACCUGAGCUCUGCUGCCCCUGCAUGUGGACAUCCCUCCUCUGGCCCGUUUAGACACUGUGAGGGGCCCCAUCUGCCCUUGAGUGGGGAGGGGGGGCAGUCGAGCCUGUCAAGCCUGGAGAAGUUGAUGAUGGACUGGCACGAGAGCGCCACAGGACCCUCUUAUAACUGGAGUCAAAACGUGCUCGUUCAAGGUGGGGGAACGACCAAACCAGGACGUGGUAGAAGAAAACGGACAGAAAUAGAUAAAGAUAACAGUUCUGGUCUGCACUCGCAUUCACCAUCUGGUUCCUCCCCUACACCAGGACCUAGAAGAGGUGUGGGGAGGGGCCGGGGGUCCCGAGGAGGCAGAGGAGGACUGUCUCCCUGUCAGAGGUCUAAAGGGAGAGGAAAGGCACAGCUGGCUCAGACAGGAAGUGGUCUUGCAGGGACUCCAGGGCCCCUAGAUGCCCCAGCACUCUGCCAUGAAGCUCUGGACUAUUACAGUGGUGACAGCAGCAGCCUCUCUCCUCUGGCAACCCCAAACCCUCCUCCCCCCUCCAGCUAUCUGCAGGACCCCUGUGAAUACACCUCCCCGUACUCUGCCCACCCCUCCACACCCUCCUCUGAGGAGAGGUAUCCAACUCUGUUUCCUGGAGAGUCCUCAUCCUCCCUAUCUCCCAGUGUGUCCUCUCCUCCUUACCCCCCCAAACCUACCCCUCCUCCCCCACAGACCUAUCAUUCUCGGACCUUCUCCCCGUCCUGCUCUCCUUCACCAAGAAUCACGUCCCACUGCGGCACAGCUUUGAGCCCCUCCAAUCGCCCUCCACCAAAAGAGCCACAGUUCUCCCAGUAUGACUCCCCUAGUUACUGCAGCUCUCCUUAUUGGUACGGACAAUCCCACAGCGGCAGCCCGAGCCCCCAAAUGCACAACACACACUCAAAUACAGCGGUCCAUGCACACAGUAACCCCCAUACGAGCCCCCAUGGAGCCCAUGGAGCGACUCAAGGGAAUUCACUGAGUAAUAUGCACAUGAACUCAGCGCAGCACGACGCACAGCACCAAAACUCAAAUAUGUCGUCUCAUUUGAGUGCCACCUUGUCCCACUCACUCCCAGCGAAUCAGACCCAUGCCCACCUCUCUCCACACUCAAACCCAAGCCUGCACUCUGCCAGUGGGUUGUACAAGGAGCGGAGCCCCCCGUCUGGCAUGGCCCCUCAUACAGUGAGCACAGGUCAUCGCCAAAUUCCUAUGCCUCUGUCUCCUUACCCCAAACCCUCCUUGGACUCUUCUCCCCAUCAGGAGGACACAAGUGGCUUCUCCAUGUCCCAGCCAUCGUACCAGGGCAUGGGACCACGGUACCCCACCCAAGCGCCUCCCGGAGGGGGUGUGCUCUGCCAACUCCUGGAUCAAGCCAAUGAGGACAGCUUCAGCGUCACCAGCCUGUAA